UUGACUGCAGGUACAAAAUGAAUAUCUGUUUCUCAUUCCUGAAGAUGAUGAUGUUUGUAUUUAAUGGAGUGAUCUUUCUAGGGGGCCUGGCUUUGCUGGGCAUUGGUAUCUGGGUGAAGGUAGACGGUGAUUCCUUUGAGAAGAUCCUUGGAGUUGCUGCACCACAAAUGAUGCUUCUGCUCCAUGUGGGUUACCUGUGCAUCACAGUUGGCAGCAUCCUUUUCAUCAUGGGCUUUUUGGGAUGCUGGGGAGCUGUGAAAGAAAGCAGAUGUCUCCUGCUGGUGGUAAGCGAUUUGCAGAAAGAUCUUGCCGUAGACCGAAUGUGGGUGUUAUGAAUUUGCUAAGCUGUAAAGUUUACACAUGGCUACUCCCGUCUUGAUUUAACUUCUGCUCCUAGACCUUUUCUGCCUUCAAAUUCUUCUGAAUCUUGAUAUGCUGGUAGACUCCCAAAAAUAAAUC